CGUCUCCCCCAAACCCCACCUCCUCGCCGGAACCCUAGCCCCCGCCGACGCGGCGCCAUGAGGGAGAUCCUCCACAUUCAGGGCGGACAGUGCGGUAACCAGAUCGGUGCGAAGUUCUGGGAGGUGAUCUGCGACGAGCACGGCAUCGACCACACCGGCAAGUAUGCCGGCGACUCCGACCUCCAGCUCGAGCGCAUCAACGUCUACUACAACGAGGCCAGCGGCGGCCGCUUCGUCCCGCGCGCCGUCCUCAUGGACCUUGAGCCCGGCACCAUGGACUCCGUGCGCUCGGGGCCCUUCGGCCAGAUCUUCCGCCCCGACAACUUCGUCUUCGGCCAGUCCGGCGCCGGCAACAACUGGGCCAAGGGCCACUACACCGAGGGCGCCGAGCUAAUCGACUCCGUGCUGGACGUCGUGCGCAAGGAGGCCGAGAAUUGCGACUGCCUCCAAGGGUUCCAGGUCUGCCACUCGCUGGGAGGAGGUACUGGUUCAGGAAUGGGCACCCUGCUCAUCUCUAAGAUCAGGGAGGAGUACCCGGAUCGGAUGAUGUUAACAUUCUCUGUUUUCCCGUCGCCCAAGGUGUCUGAUACUGUAGUGGAGCCCUACAACGCAACGCUCUCUGUUCACCAGCUCGUUGAGAACGCAGACGAGUGCAUGGUGCUCGACAACGAGGCUCUCUAUGACAUCUGCUUCCGCACGCUCAAGCUUUCCACACCAACCUUUGGUGAUCUCAACCACCUCAUCUCUGCAACAAUGAGUGGUGUUACAUGCUGCCUUCGUUUCCCUGGUCAGCUGAAUUCUGACCUUCGGAAACUUGCAGUGAACCUGAUCCCCUUCCCGCGCCUGCACUUUUUUAUGGUUGGAUUCGCUCCACUGACCUCACGGGGCUCCCAGCAGUACCGUGCCCUCACUGUGCCAGAGCUGACCCAGCAGAUGUGGGACUCCAAGAACAUGAUGUGUGCUGCUGACCCUCGCCACGGUCGCUACCUCACGGCAUCUGCUAUGUUCCGUGGGAAGAUGAGCACCAAGGAAGUGGAUGAGCAAAUGCUGAACGUGCAGAACAAGAACUCUUCCUACUUUGUGGAGUGGAUCCCUAACAAUGUGAAGUCGAGUGUGUGCGACAUCCCACCCAUCGGCCUGAAGAUGUCCUCCACAUUCAUCGGCAACUCGACCUCCAUCCAGGAGAUGUUCCGCCGCGUCAGCGAGCAGUUCACUGCCAUGUUCAGGAGGAAGGCCUUCUUGCAUUGGUACACGGGUGAGGGCAUGGAUGAGAUGGAGUUCACUGAGGCAGAGAGUAACAUGAAUGACCUGGUGGCCGAGUACCAGCAGUACCAAGACGCCACAGCUGAGGAUGAGGAGUACGAGGAGGAAGAAGAGGAAGAUCCUGCUGCCUAAGCCAUCAUCCCAAGUGCUUGGUAAAGAUAUGAUGUCCCUUGUAUCGCUGCUAGUCAGCACUGAGUCGUUUGAGGUGCUCGUGGUGAUGUUAGGUACUAGAUGGGUGUCAUUACUUAUGAAUGCGAUGUUGCUGUGACAGAACUGCAUUUCCUUUUGUACUAUGGUUGUCCAAGUUGUCAUUACCAUGAUGUGAGGUAGCUUAACUGGUUGUUGCUAUACCUUAUGCAGCAUUUUGCUGAAGUUAUCACCAUGAGGUGA